CACUGCGGCACCGGAAAAAGCGGAAUCAACGCAACAAUAUUUUUUUUGGGGGGGGGGACGUUACAACGACCGGCGGUUCGUUAUCUAAACGUCAUUACCGAGCGUUUUAGGGUGUUUCCAUCCCGUAUGCCAUGCUGAUUGAAUGUCUUGUCUGUCCAUCAACUCGUCCCCGGGAUGAUACUGCAGAGAGAGUGCCGCUAGCUCGGUAGUAGCAUUAGCGUUAAACGUGGAUGACGGCUACUGUACACCGGAACGUCCUAUCAUCCGGACCACAGAAGAAUCAGCUGUCAUCAUUGAAUCAGUAAGAUGCAAGAUAACCGUACAGCCAACUAGAUACUAUAAUACAAACUUAUUGUAUUUAGCUUCUUGUACAGUGAUGUGCACUAUAGGUAGCUAGCUUGCUAGAAUAAGCUGUUGACAAAAAAUGCCAUUACAUUUGCGUUGGACAUUUCGACUACAGCCAAAAGGGCCUUCCAAGGGACGACAAGCCAUCCUCGUUACAAGAAGAUAAUCGACGUUGCCAAAAACAUGAGUCGUUACUGCACCCUGAACAACAACUUUCCCAAUGACAACAACCUCCUGGCCCUGGACAUGGUGCUGAGCUCUCUCUGGAGCAUUCCACAGCCCAUCAACUGGGACAACGUGGCCAUGCUGGUCCCUGGCUUCACACCCAAGGAGUGUGCGCAGAGGUUCGAGGAGCUGAAGAGCACCGGAGGGUUCCAUCACGUGGACGACCAAUGCAACGCGCUGACGGCAGGAGGCUCCUCCCCUGUGGACUACAUCAAAUCCACACUAUUGGACACCACGGGAGACGUGGGGGAGACGCGGACCAAUCAGAGCUCCAUCUCAGUGACGGGCCUGGCGGUGAACCCUUUAAGAGGAAGCUCGGUGGAGAAGGAGAGCAGGGAGUCUGCAGAGGAGGGCGAGAAGCCCCAGGAGGGGAAAGGGCCCAAUAUGGUGAUCCACGUGUGUGACGAGGCUAAGAACCUGAAGCAGGACUUCAUGUGUCCCCGUGACCUUCUGAUCAACGAGAUGCGUUACUUUGCCGAGUACCUCUCUGUUGACACCCAGCGCUGGGAGGAGGUGGACAUCUCUGUGCACUGUGACGUGCAGAUCUUCGACUGGCUCAUGAACUACGUCAAGAGGCACAAAAUGGCCGCCGAUGGCAGCCAUGACAAACCCAAGCUCGAGCCCAGCAAUGUGAUCUCAAUCCUCAUCUCCUCCGAGUUCUUGAAGAUGGACACGUUAGUGGAGGAGUGCAUCCAGUACUGUCACAAGCACAUGAGUGCCAUCGUGGCCACACCCUGCAACAUGAACUGCAUCAACAGUAACCUGGCAGCGGACAUGUCUGACCUGUUCAGCCACAACGAGGCAGACGACAUCACGGACAGAAAAGACAAGUUCAAAAGUAAGUUAUUCCAGAAGAAAAUUGAGAGUCUCUUCGAUCCUGACUAUAAGAACCGGGACUCCCCAGGCAACGCAUCAACUCUGUACAGGUGUGGUCUGUGCCUGAAACUGCUGACCAAGGACACAGAGCGGAAGAUCUCCUGCAUCCCAGGGAAGAUCAACAUCAACCCUCGAGGAGACAUCACCUACACUCACAGCAGGCAGAAGAGAUGGGAGGUCCAUGAUCUAUCACUACCUCUGGUCUGUAGGCAGAAGAGAUGGGAGGUCCAUGAUCUAUCACUACCUCUGGUCUGUAGGCAGAAGAGAUGGGAGGUCCAUGAUCUAUCACUACCUCUGGUCUGUAGGCAGAAGAGAUGGGAGGUCCAUGAUCUAUCACUACCUCUGGUCUGUAGGCAGAAGAGAUGGGAGGUCCAUGAUCUAUCACUACCUCUGGUCUGUAGGCAGAAGAGAUGGGAGGUCCAUGAUCUAUCACUACCUCUGGUCUGUAGGCAGAAGAGAUGGGAGGUCCAUGAUCUAUCACUACCUCUGGUCUGUAGGCAGAAGAGAUGGGAGGUCCAUGAUCUAUCACUACCUCUGGUCUGUAGGCAGAAGAGAUGGGAGGUCCAUGAUCUAUCACUACCUCUGGUCUGUAGGCAGAAGAGAUGGGAGGUCCAUGAUCUAUCACUACCUCUGGUCUGUAGGCAGAAGAGAUGGGAGGUCCAUGAUCUAUCACUACCUCUGGUCUGUAGGCAGAAGAGAUGGGAGGUCCAUGAUCUAUCACUACCUCUGGUCUGUAGGCAGAAGAGAUGGCAGGUCCAUGAUCUAUCACUACCUCUGGUCUGUAGGCAGAAGAGAUGGGAUCUAUCACUACCUCUGGUCUGUAGGCAGAAGAGAUGGGAGGUCCAUGAUCUAUCACUACCUCUGGUCUGUAGGCAGAAGAGAUGGGAGGUCCAUGAUUACAUGACAGGACUGUAUGAGGAGCUGAAGUCCUGGGUGCUGGUCUACUGGAGGAUCUGGGGAACCAUCAACCACCUCACCUGCUCCCACUGCCAACAGGUGUUUGUGUGUGUGGAGCUGUCCCACUGUCGGUAUCACCCAGAGGUUGUGUUGUACCCAGGCAUGGGGACAGAGCAGGGCUGGCACGGGACGGGCAUCUACCCCUGCUGCAACCAGAGGACGCUACGCUUUGACCCCACCGGCAUGCCCAAGGGCUGUAAGAUGCGGGACCACAUAGUGAAUGUGUCAGACAGUGGAGACUGUACUGGUGACCACCAGGUAAACUCAGCCCAGACCAGACUGCUCAACGACCUGCUACUACACAGAGAGACAGUGUGUGUACCCAACACGCCCCUACCAGAGACAGGGCCUGUAGACUCCCCCUCCAGUGGGUCAGAGAGAGGGGAGCGGGUACUGGACUGUGACAUCCUGGUAGAGCCGGGGCUUCUGGGACUUCAGAGAGUAGAGGGCACCACCUUUUCCCUGUUGAAAAACUGGAGCCGGCAACUGAGGCAGCAGACGCUGCUGUCUGAGGAUGAGGAGUAUACCACGGGGUCAGAGGUCACUGAGGAUGAGGUGGGGGAUGAAGAGGAGGCCAGCAAGAAACAAGCUGCUAAGAAGGCCAAGAAGUUGAGCAAACCUUUGAAGAGGCAGAUGUCCUCACCCAAUUUCCAUCGCAAAGAGAAAGCAGUGGAGAAAACUCCUUCGAGGGACAACACUCCAUUCAGAGUGAGUGCCCAGAAGAGUAAAUGGGACAGCUCUCGCUCCAUUCGCUACAACCAAGACGCCCAAAGAGAGGAAGACCAGCGGCGUAUGGUGGAGAUCAUUGGUCAUCUGACUAAGAUUAGGUUCGGAGAUCAGGAACAGAGGAAGUCCAAGGACACUAAAGACCGUGCAGCAGGGAUCUACUCCAGGCUAGAGGCCCAGUUCAAGUCCUCCUCCCAGGCCAGGGGACGACAGAGUGGCCCUGAGAAAACCCUCAGAGUGAAGCCACGUUUCAGCCAAGCUCGAACCACAUAGAUAUUGGAAAGAGGAAGACAAGAGGAGGAGGGAAGGAGGAAGACAAGAGGGAGAAGAGGAGGAGGGAAGGAGGACGACAAGAGGGAGAAGAGGAGGAGGGAAGGAGGAUGACAAGAGGAGGAAGGAAAAGGGAGAGGAGGAGGAAGAGAGCAGAGGAGGAAGAGGGAGGAAAUCAGUGGAGCAAACUGACCCAAAUGGGUACUGGCAACCUGGCAGCAGCUAACCCUCUCAACCCCAUCUUGCUCCAAUGUGCCCCUGUUAAAUAUUUGUGCCUGUAUUCAUAAAGAGCCUAAGAGUAGGAGUGCUGAUCUAGGAUCAGUUUGUCCUCUUAGAAUAUACUGAAUGGACAGGGGAGACCUGAUCCUAAAUCAGCCCUCCUCCUCUGAGACACUUGAUAAAUACAGGCCCUGGUCCUGCAUUGGUCGUCUUUAGUUCAGGAGGCCUGGUUUUGCCGUAGGCCUUUCUAGCCCACUUAGAACCCAGUCUAGAACCCAGCCCAGUCCGUCAGCCUGACUCAGGUGACUUUGUAUCGAUCACAUCUCCUCCUACCUCCCAUUAACUCUAUAUUACAAUGCAAUAGGUCACCUAGGUCUAAACCUGUACGCCAUAGAAUAUAAUAUACUUUAACAUAGAAGCUACCUUGUGGUGAGUAAUAGGAGUGGUGAGCAGUAGGUAGAUGAUGGUUUAAUGAAAUGCCCGUUGUUUCUAUAUCUGUCUGUGUUGGCCGUAUCGCACACUACUGGGACUAAGAGGACAUGGGUGGACGAGGCAGUCAGAAAUUAAAGUUACAUUCCCACCAUUUA